AUGGACUCCAAAAGAGGCGUCGUGGCCGCGGUGCUGGCCUUGCUUCCUCUCGUUUCUGCGCAACAACCCGCCGCGAGUUCUGCUGGUAACCCCAAGCUGACGACAUACAAAUGUACCACUGCUGGCGGCUGUGUUGCGCAGGAUACAUCUGUAGUUCUAGAUUGGGGCUACCACUGGAUCCACACGGUCGAUGGGUAUACAUCAUGCACCACAUCGUCCGGAGUCGACAGCACCCUGUGUCCUGAUGCGGCCACCUGCGCGAAGAACUGUGUGAUCGAGCCGGCCAACUACACCAGCGCCGGUGUGACCACCUCGGGUGACUCUCUGACGAUGUACCAAUAUGUUCAGAGCAACGGCGUCUAUACCAACGCCUCGCCUCGCCUCUACCUCCUCGGCCCCGACAAGAACUAUGUCAUGCUGAAGCUGCUAGGCCAGGAGCUCACCUUCGACGUGGACCUGUCCACACUCCCCUGCGGCGAAAACGGCGCCCUGUAUCUCUCCGAAAUGAGCGCCACCGGUGGUCGCAACGAAUACAACACCGGCGGCGCCGAGUACGGCUCUGGCUACUGUGACGCCCAAUGCCCAGUGAUCGCCUGGAAGAACGGCACCCUCAACACGAGCGGCGCAAGCUACUGCUGCAACGAGAUGGACAUCCUCGAGGCCAACUCCCGCGCCAACUCGUACACCCCGCACCCCUGCAGUGCAACGGACUGUGACAAGGGCGGAUGCGGCUUCAACCCAUACGCUCUCGGCCAAAAGAGCUACUGGGGGCCCGGCGGCACCGUCGACACGUCUAAGCCCUUCACCAUCACCACGCAGUUCAUCACCAACGACGGCACCACCACCGGCACCCUGUCCGAAAUCCGCCGACAGUACAUGCAGAACGGCAAGGUGAUCGCCAAUGCCGUUUCCUCCACUGGUGUCAACUCCAUUACCGAGGACUGGUGCACGUCCGUCGACGGCUCGGCCGCCACCUUUGGCGGACUGACCACCAUGGGCAAGGCGCUGGGCCGCGGGAUGGUCCUCAUCUUCAGCAUCUGGAACGAUGCCAGCGGCUUUAUGAACUGGCUCGACAGCGGCAACGCAGGCCCUUGCAGCAGCACCGAGGGAAACCCGGACUUGAUCAAGGCGCAGAAUCCCACGACCCACGUGGUCUUCUCGAAUAUCCGCUGGGGAGAUAUCGGAUCGACUUUCAAGGGUUCUGAUGGCUCGGUGACGACGACUACGUCCACCACGUCGACCAAGACCACCACUAGCACCGCGCCUGGGCCAACGCAGACUCACUAUGGACAGUGCGGUGGACAAGGCUGGACUGGACCCACGGCUUGUGCAUCGCCCUACACCUGCCAGGUUCUGAAUCCGUGGUACUCUCAGUGUCUGUAG